AUGCCUGCCUGGGCAGGAGAGCCGCUGGGCUGGCGUGUGGGCGCAGCAGCAGAUCCCCUGAGCCCUCGUCUCACAACCGGCUCUGACCCUCCUGCGGCCAUGUCCCUGCCUGCAGCGCCCUGCCCCAGCCAGUGCUACGACACCUCCAAAGUCUUCUGCUCAGAGGAGAGGAUGCGGGAGAUCCCAGCGGGCCUGCCAGGGAAUGCCACCCAGCUCUUCUUCGUGGAGACAGCCCUGAGCAGCGUCCGCAGUGGGGCCCUGGGCUCCAGCACCACCCUCACCAAACUGGUCUUCCUCAACAACAACAUCCAGGAGCUGGAGGCCGGCGCCUUUCGGGGGCUGCCCAGCCUCACUGAGCUGGAGGUGUCAGGAAAUCCCUUGCCGGCGGUCAGCCCGGGGAUGCUGGUGGGGCUGCCCAACCUCAGCAAGCUCUCCCUGGGUGCCAACACCUUCCGCUCCCUGCAGCCGGGGCUCUUCACCGCCGCCUGCCACCUGCAGGACCUGCGCUUGCCCGGCAACAAGAUAGAGGCGCUGCCUCUUGGCAUCUUCCACCCGCUCCGGCGCCUCCAGACCCUGGACCUCUCACAGAAUGCCCUGGCCGAGCUGCCAGCGGGGCUGCUGGCCCCCCUCACCACCCUCCGCCUCCUCAAGCUCAGUGACAACCUGCUGGCGCGGGUGCCCCCCGGGGCUUUCAGGGCGCUGGGCCAACUGGCCGAGCUCCACCUGGAUGGUAACCGGCUGGAGGAGCUGCCGGACGAUGCCUUCGCUGGGCUGGGGGGGCUGCGGCGGCUGGUACGCGUGGGGCUGGCCAACAACCCCUGGGCCUGCGACUGCCGCCUCUCCUACCUCCUGGGCUGGCUCCAGAGCUUCGCCGAGCCCCUCACCCACGCACAAGCCUCCUGUGCCAGCCCGGCUGCCCUCCGGGGACGGUCCUUGCUGGAGGUCCCCCAGGGGCAGCUGGAGUGCCCGGGAGCGCUUGGCAUCCCCCUGGAGGAGGGCUGGGACGGGGAGCUGGGGGAGGAUGCUCUGGGGCAGUGCACCUACAGCAACCCUGAGGGCACUGUAAGCAUGUCCUGUGAUGCCACCAGCUGCCAGCAGCUCAGCCUU